UGCUCCCAUCCAGCUGAAGGAGCAACAUGGUGUCUCUAAUGGUGGUGGUCUUUGGUAUCUUAGCGGCGGGAUCUCAGGGCUCUGCACCACGGCGGUAUGACCAGUCCAAGGACUUAACGCCCAUCCACAUCUCUUCUUCAAAAACGCAGGACGCAAAACGCUUCCAGGAGGUCCGAAGGAGCGACGAGAGAAGCGUGCAGCUGCGUCAGGGCGCGCGCACAGGUGCAGACUCCUACCUGAGGACCGGGGGACGGAGAGAUGACGCAGCAUCAAGAACUAACUGCAAAAAUCGUCCAAUUGACCUGGUUUUCAUCAUAGACAGCUCUCGCAGUGUGCGCCCUGCUGAGUUUGAAAAGGCUAAGGCAUUCCUGCAGAACAUGGUGGACAGCUUGGUCAUAGGCAGAGACGCCACUCGUGUCGGCCUGGUUAAUUAUGCCAGCACAGUCAAGAUCGAGUUUCUCCUCAACACCUACUUUGACAAGUCUUCGGUGAAGCAGGCACUUGGGAAGGUUGAGCCCCUGGCUUCAGGUACCAUGACUGGCAUGGCCAUCAAGACCGCCAUGGAAAAAGCCUUCACCAAGGAGGCCGGGGCCCGCUCCGCUUCCACCAACAUCGCUAAGGUGGCGAUUAUAGUGACGGACGGGAGGCCCCAGGACAGGGUGGAGGAGGUGUCGGCUGUAGCCCGAUCAGCUGGGAUAGAGAUCUAUGCAGUGGGAGUCGACAGAGCCGAUAUGGCUUCCCUGCAGCUUAUGGCCAGCCAACCACAUGAUGACCAUGUCUUCUAUGUGGAAACCUAUGGCGUGAUCGAGAAGCUCACAUCCAAAUUUAGGGAAACCUUGUGUGGUAAGGAUGAUGAUAAUGGGAGUGCAGAUAUUGAUGAUAACGGACUAGGCCCAAAUGGCAGGAAAGACCAUAAUAACAAUAAAGGGAACAACGGUUUGGAUCCAUGUGCUCAAGGACACAACUGUCAGCAUAUUUGUGUCAACAAUGGCAACUCGUACAGAUGCAAGUGUCGCUCAGGCUUCGUCUUGAAUCCAGACAAGAAAACCUGCUCACGUGCAGACGCUUGCAGCCAGGGACACGACUGCCAGCACGUUUGUGUUAACAGUGGUGACUCGUACAUGUGCCAGUGUCAAAAUGGAUACGUGUUGAACCCGGACAAGAAAACAUGCUCACGUUCUGAUGCAUGUGCUCAGGGACACGACUGCCAACACAUAUGUGUCAACAGUGGAAGCUCGUACGUCUGCAAGUGUCGGUUGGGUUAUUUGCUCAACACAGACAGGAAAACAUGCUCACGUUCGGAUGCAUGUGCCCAGGGACACGACUGCCAGCACAUUUGUAUCAACAACGCUGAUUCUUACAACUGCAUGUGUCGAGAAGGAUAUAUACUAAAUUCAGACCAGAAAACAUGUUCACAGGAAAUGAGGAGUGAAAUAACAGAAGAUGCCUGCAUGUGUGAAGCACAGAUUGUUUUCCAGAGAAAGGUGCAGUCGGCCAUUCAGGAGCUCACAACUAAACUCGCUGAACUUUCAGACAAAGUGACGGACAUUGAAGCUGAAUUUCAGCGUUGAGAACAAAGAUGGAGGAAAAACGUCGGCACUUUUAUUACAGUCAGGAUUCCAUAAAAGUAGUAAAUAAUUAUAUUUCUUCAUGAUGAUGUAAAAAAAAAAUCAGCUUAGUGCUUCUUAUUAAUACAAACUGGUGCUGUUUUUCCUUUAUACCUCUAUU